CGGUCCUUCUUCCAGCUCAGUGUCUACACCACCACGCGGUCCAACCUGGGCGCCGAGAACAACGUGGAUCUGGUCUUGAACGUGGAGGACUUUGACGUGGAGUCCAAAUUUGAAAGGACAGUCAACGUCUCUGUUCCCAAAAAAACGAGGAACAAUGGCACGCUGUACGCCUACAUCUUUCUCCACCAUGCCGGCAUCCUGCCCUGGAACGACGGGAAGCAGGUGCACCUGGUGAGCCCGCUGACCACCUACAUGGUCCCCAAGCCGGAAGAGGUCAACCUGCUCACUGGGGAACCGGCGGCACAGCAGAUCGAGGCCAAGAGGAAGCCAACGAGUGCCCUGGAUGAGCCUGUUUCUCACUGGAGGCCCAGACUGACCCUCAACGUGAUGGUGGACAACUUCGUCUUUGACGGGGCCUCCCUGCCCGCGGACGUGCACCGCUACAUGAAGAUGAUCCAGCUGGGGAAGACGGUGCACUACCUGCCCAUCCUGUUCAUUGACCAGCUGAGCAACCGUGUCAAGGACCUCAUGGUCAUCAACCGCUCCAGCACCGAGCUGCCGCUCACCGUGUCCUACGACAAGAUCUCGCUGGGGCGGCUGCGCUUCUGGAUCCACAUGCAGGACGCUGUGUACUCGCUGCAGCAGUUUGGAUUCUCAGAGAAGGAUGCUGAUGAAGUGAAGGGGAUCUUUGUCGACACCAACUUAUAUUUCUUGGCGCUGACCUUCUUCGUGGCUGCGUUCCACCUGCUUUUUGAUUUCCUGGCAUUUAAAAACGACAUCAGUUUCUGGAAGAAGAAAAAGAGCAUGAUCGGCAUGUCCACCAAAGCAGUGCUCUGGCGCUGCUUCAGCACCGUCGUCAUCUUCCUGUUCCUGCUGGACGAGCAGACGAGCCUCCUGGUGCUGGUACCUGCGGGCAUCGGAGCUGCCAUCGAGCUGUGGAAAGUGAAAAAGGCCUUGAAGAUGACUGUCGUUUGGAGAGGCCUGCGGCCCACGUUUCAGUUUGGCACUUACAGUGAAUCUGAGAAGAAGACAGAGGAGUACGACACCCAGGCCAUGAGAUACCUGUCUUACCUGCUCUACCCGCUCUGCAUCGGGGGCGCUGUCUAUUCGCUGCUCAACAUCAAGUACAAGAGCUGGUAUUCUUGGCUGAUCAACAGCUUCGUCAAUGGUGAGUCUCCCGUCUCAGCGCCAGUGUUUGCAGUGGGUCACGCUGGUCGGCUGCCGUGUGGCCUAAUCACUGGGCGGCAAGCGCCCAUGGGUGACCGUGUGCCCGGGCGACUCUGGUCUCACGGCCCCACCCGCCCGCAGGCCUUCAACACCUUCAUCGAUGACGUGUUUGCCUUCAUCAUCACCAUGCCCACCUCCCACCGGCUGGCCUGCUUCAGGGAUGAUGUGGUGUUUCUCGUGUACCUAUACCAGCGGUGGCUUUAUCCCGUGGAUAAGAGUAGGGUGAACGAGUUUGGGGAGUCCUACGAGGAGACCCCCCAGCGGAAACCCCACGCAGACUGAGCCAAACCCGGCGUGUGCAGCCGCAGUGCAGGCAGGGCGCUGCUAUGGAGGGUCGGCGGCGCGGGUGGGCCUCCUGCCAUCACCGCCUCUACGUUGCCAAACCCCUGAGCGUCCCUCGCGGCCUCGGGUACCUCCUUGUCGUGUCCGCGGCGCUGCCGGUGCCACCCGUGCAGACGUCCGUCCUGGUCGCCGGGCCUGGGAGCAUCUGGUCCUGGUGGGUGCUGGGCCGCUCCUGCGGGGUCCCCAUCCCAGAUUCCGUCCCAGGGUCUGUAGGCGCUCCUUGGGGAUGUCACAUGCCUCCUUUGAAUCCAUUCCGUAUAGACUCUGGGAUCAAAUGGCUUUUUUCCUUUUCACUUAAAUUUGACUAUUUUAAAGCUUAAUGUAUGUAUGUUUCUAUUUUAAAAUAAAUUUCUCUGGCUGUACACUCUCCUUGGCCUGACA